AUGCCAUCGGGCAAGCUCCAGACCCUCUUGGGUGCUCCGAUCCAAGACGCUGAGGAAGAAACUUUCCUUUUGUUUAGUCAAGACUUUCCCAGCAACAAUCUCGGCUUCAUCGAUUCCAAAGCCGAGACUCUUGAAAUUGACAUAAGGGGCCAGGACUAUUUUCUGCGGCAGUCUCCCGGUCUAUUGACUUCUAACAGAAGUGGCGGGACUACUGGCGCAGUCUUGUGGAAAAUCACGCCGUUGUUGGCCGCUUGGCUAUCAUCUCUGCCUUCAUUCCUUUCUGAUAUCGGCGCUUUAGGCACCAAUGCCAUCGUGGCCGAGUUGGGUUGUGGAGUGUCUGGCCUGGUGGGCUUAGUGCUGUCUCGCAUCGUGAAGUGCUACAUUCUUACGGACCAACACUACGUGAUGAAGUAUUUGAAGGAAAACAUCUCCGCUAACACGGCAAGUCACAAGUCGGAUGCGAAGGCAUCGAAAAAGAGAGGCAAUCCGCCGAAACACAGAUCAGAAGGGAUUCUGAAACCGAUACCACUUGAUUGGGAAACCGAUGAUGUUGAGAUCCUGAGAGCUGCUCUGACACCCGAUGUCUCUGUCGACCUUUUACUUCUCUGCGACUGCGUUUACAACGAUUUUCUUAUUCCACCUCUCGUCCAAACGUGUGUUGAUAUCUGUCAUUUGGGGUCCUCAUGUGGAAAGACCACCGUUGUCCUCAUAGCUCAACAGCUUCGCUCUGAUUCCAUCUGCGAAUCGUUCUUUGGCACGCUGCUGAAAUGGUUCGAUGUAUGGCGGGUUCCAGACGACAAGGUUUCGGCAGAACUACGUCUUGGUUCUGGCUAUGCUGUCCAUUUAGCAGUGUUGAAGGAGCAGAACAGUAACGCGGAGACGCGAAAAUAG